AUGCCAAUAGGAGUAAACGCAGAUUAUUCUCAAGCGAUUGGUAGUGCAGGUCUGCCAGUUCCUUCGGGAGCUGAUAUCUUAUGCACUGAUAUCGAUUUCAUUGACAAACGGCGGUUAGGUAGGACGCCACUAAGAAGCAUUGCACCUGAAUACCCACUCGACCGCACGAGAUCCACGUUUUUAUCGGAUAAUGAUAGCAAUGCGCAACAAACGGAAGGUGUAAUUACCUUAGUUAAGCAUCUUCAAACAAGGCUUCUACACAGUGAAAACAUGAAUAUCAUCAGCGGUGAUGAUGAAAAAGGAAUCACGCAUAGGAAGGAUCCUAUAUCAAGCACUGCUACCCCGGUUACCUCUGGUGGUGAAAGUAAUACUGAAUUCUUAGGUACUUCGUGCAGUUCAGUUGCAUACCCAGACCGUUUUUGUGUUAAAACCGUAAUAGUCGAAGGAGCUUACGCUAUUGAUAGUCCCGUUGUGCUGCCCCUGGAUACUGCCAGCUCCUCAUCUUUAUCUUCCAGCAAGACUUCGAUGGAGUCUAGGAGAAUUCCCAAGACUUAUAUUUCUUCCAUCGCAACCCUUGAUGACUACGUUGCCGUCGGUGACUGCGGCGGAAAUAUAAUUGUUAUGAAGCGAAGACCAAUAUUACUGACUCAACGCGAAGGUCUUGUUGAUAUCGCGCGAGAGGAGGAGGUAGAGGGGUUGGAUACAUUUUCCUCACCUAAACUUGGUGGUGCCAGAAAUGUUGUCAUGCCACCUCGGACCAAGGAUCCGUAUGAAUUUUAUGUGAAAAAGAAGAUCUACGAUUCCAUGAUAGACCCCCUUAGUAGCUUGGAGGUGACGCCAGAGGUUACGGCACUGGCUUUUCUUCCACAAAUCGGCCCCGCCGCGUACCUCCUGACGUCGAACGAGAGGAUUCCCAAGCUGUUUAAAGUAUUCCAGGUUCAGGAGUCCGCACCACGGUUUCGUGCCGUUGAUAGACUUGAUUCAAAUCCCAUUGCUCCUCUCAUGAGUGUUUCAUCUAAUCCCACGGUGAUAAUCAAGCCGGUCUCUCACUACGCCCCUGUACACGAAUAUACUAUCCAUUCUCUUCACCCCUUACCAGACAGUGAGCAGUUCAUCACAGCUGAUGAGCUGACGAUGCACCUGUGGUGCAUCGAACACCCGGACAUGUCCAUUGAGACCUUUGAUAUGCGUCCGUCCUGCGAGGAUAUGCCGCACGAGACGAUUCGUCGGGUGCGGCAUUUUCCCCACGAGCCUUUUUUACUUUUUGUCGCCACAUCGGCCGGGGUGGUGCGGGUUCUGGAUAUCCGCCAAUCGCUUAGGUGGUGCAAUCGGGCGUCUCAACUAUUCGUGAAUCCUCCGCGCCACGUCGAUGAUUCGUACAAAUAUAUAACCAACAGCAUUAGCGAUUGCUCCCUCAGCCCGUGCGGGCGCUACAUCGCAGGUAGGGACUUCAUGAGUGUAUGUUUGUGGGAUGUGCGUGCAGCGAGUUCAGCGAAUACUGCCGCUUCCAUUUCCCGACGUUUUUCCUCUGCAUUUAGGACGGAUGAUGAUAAUGGGUGCAGUGAUAACUUUAAGAUCGUGCGAAACUGGGAGCUUUAUCCUGGCUUGCAUCGAAACCUUGAGAUCAUGUACCAGUCCGAUUUUUUCCUCCAAAAACUUGAUAUUCAAUUUAUGAACCCAACUCAAGUGGGAACUGGAGGUUUGUGCCGUACUAUAUUCACGGUAGAUAUUAACCGGACUACUCCUGAUCCAGAUGAGGCUGAGCUUGGUCUCUCGGUAAGUAGCUCAGGUCUAAAAGCGUUGCAGCUGCCAGCAGAAGAAGCGCUCACAGAUUUGCCGAAAGCCAUCAUCCCCACGAAUGCAUUUGUGAAUUUCUCAUUUUUCUCUGGUGAAUAUAAAGGAGGCGAAACUAUUACCCCCUGUGACCGAAUAUCAACCGCACAUUUGGAUUUAGAAUCGCAGGUAACAUGCUUGUCUCGUCCUAUGAUUUCUCCUGGAAGGGUGUAUGGCAUGCUGGCAUGUUGUAGAGGACAAAUUAUACAUUUAAGUUACAGUUCAUAG